AUGAAGACUUUCGCACUCCUUGCUCUUGCCGGAUCCGCCGCUGCUUUCGCCCCAGUUUCCCAACAGGGACAUAGCACUGCUCUUCAAGCUGACUUGGAAAGCAUGGCUGGAUACACUCUCCCCAUCAAGGGAUUUGAUCCUUUGAACCUUGCUGACUGGGGAAGUGACGAAACCCUUGCAUGGUUCCGCGCUGCUGAAUUGAAGAACGGCCGUGUUGCUAUGCUUGCCACAACUGGAUACAUUGUCCAAGCUGCUGGAUUCCACUUUCCAGGAAUGCUCAGCUCUGACGUCUCCUUCGAAUCUCUUUCCUCCAUGAAGCCAUUCGAUGCUUGGGCUGCUGUUCCAGAGGCCGGAAAGGCCCAAAUCUUGUUCACCAUCUUGUGUGCCGAAGUUGCAUCUGAAGCCCAAGGAACCCACUACAUGAAGGGUGGAUCCACUCCCACCAUCGUCUUUCCCCCAAUUGACUUCUCUGGAGUUAGCGAGAAGACAAUGAAGGUAAAGCAAGAUCGUGAAUUGAACAAUGGACGCCUUGCCAUGAUCGCCAUCAUGUCUUUCAUUGCCGCCAAUGCCGUUCCAGGAUCUGUCCCUGCUUUGGCCGGAAACCCAAUGUUCUAA